GGGAGGAUAAGAGAGGGGCGGUGAAUCUGGAGCUGGGAGGACUGGAGGACUUGAGCACGCUCUGCUGGCCGAGAGCGCGUACGGCACUGAAGGGUCGACCUUCCUAUCACCUGCGGGGUCAUUCCGCGAAAUCGAUGUCAUAAACAGAGUGGUGGUAAUUCAGCGCCCAAAGAGUUGAAAAUGAUGGACACAAAGCGUGCUUUGCUGGCGGUGGAGCGGCUGCAAGAGAGGCUGAAGAAGAGGGGAGAACUGCCUGCUGAGGAAAAACUCAGUCUGCUUAAAAGUGUCUUACAGAGUCCCCUGUUCCACCACAUACUUGUCAUGCAAGAGACUGGACAACAGCAUCAGCAACAACAGGUUUCCCCCAGAACGCCUCUUUCUAUGAGUGAUGAACCAGAUGGUAUGAGCACGUCCCGCCCCUCAUGCAAUCUAAGGUACAGAGACUCCUACCUCUCAGCCCAGCGGGGCAAUGACCGAUGUCGAUCCUUCAAUUAUGUGACUUUUGCCCCUUGCAUCACGGAGGACAUUUCAGUGCUGCAGUCCAUGGCCCAGGGUCGGACUGUGCUUAGAUUUGACCUGGAGAAGGGCGAAAGUACUUUGGGCAUCAGCAUUAUUGGUCUGGAGACUGAAAGCAGUGGAGGUCAUGGUAUCUUCAUACAGAAGAUUCAGCCAGAUUCGGUAGCAUACAGUGAUGGACAUCUACAUGAGGGUGAUCAGAUUCUAGCAGUGAAUGGCAAGCUGUUUGAAUCCUCUGUAACACAGGAACAAGCUUUCCGGGUUCUUCAGGAAGCUGCUACUGUGGUAACCUUAAUUAUAGCCAGAGAACCAACCCCCCACAGAAGAGCCACACUCUUUCCAAGAAUCUCUCUGGCCUUUAUCGUCAAUUCACCUCGACAAAUUCAUCAUAUUGAGCUGCAGAAUGACGGAUCAGGUCUAGGCUUUGGCAUCAUUGGAGGGAGGAGUACUGGCACCAUGGUUAAAACCAUUCUUCCUCAUGGUGUAGCCGGAAAGGACGGGAGAUUACGUAGUGGUGAUCUUCUCCUCAGAAUUGGUGAUGUGGACGUGUCCACCAUGGGGAGUGAGGAAGUGGCACGUGAGCUCCGUCUUGCUGGUUCCCAUGUGAGACUUAUCAUUGCCAGGGAAACCACUGAUGGUGACCUCUCACCUACCAUUGCCCAGCAACAGGACUCACAAAAGAAACAGGUUUGGAAUGACAUAAAGGAUUUAGUAGAAAAAAAAGAAAAAGAGUUUGGUGUCAGAUUCAAUAACAACAAAAAUGGUUUGGGUGUCAACAUCUCCAAAUCUCUGGAUAAUCUGAACAAAGAAUCCAGUGGAUUUGAAGUAAAGAGCAUACUGAAAGGAAAUGCAGUGGAUGGACGAGUUCACAUUGGAGAUGACAUCAUUGCUGUGGAUGGUCAGAGUCAGUAUGACUGCAGUAAACAGAAAGUGGAGGAGAUCCUGCACAUGACUGGCCAACAAGUGAAGAUCUCUAUUCAGAGAAAGGGCUUACCAUCUGGAACACAAACAAUGUCCCAAAGACCCUUAACCCCUCUGGGUCUCCUUCCCCCUCCACUGCCUCCGUGUCUACCAGAGCCAAAGCCAGUUCUGCCCCCAGGGAAAGUUUUCUAUACUGAACGCCGGGACCUCAACUUCAACAGAGAGUGCAUUGAGUCAACGCAAGCCUGUUAUUUACAGUCCAAGAUGGAGAACAGAAACCAGUCCUCAUUUUGCAAGCUGUCUGAUGAAGAGGAGGAAAUAUUGAAGGAGAAGUGGCAAAGCAAACUGGGUGCCCAAUAUGAAGUCAUGGUGGCCCAGGUACAGAAAUUCUCUGAGAGCAGUGGUCUUGGUGUGAGUUUGGAGGCUAAAGAAGGUCAUCACUAUAUCUGCUCUAUACUGCCAGAGGGUCCAAUUGGACAGACGGGAAUCAUUCGGCCUGGAGACGAACUGCUAGAGGUGAACGGGUUCUCUCUGAUUGGUGAGACACAUAAGGAAGUUGUGAGCUUGCUGAAGGAGCUUCCCGUGAAUGUUUGUGUGGUUUGCAGUCGUCUCAUCCCACCCACAAUCAGCGAGGAAGAUGAUGACGAUGAUGACGACGUGCAACUCACUCUCAAGGAACUACUAGCAGAAUUUCAUGAAAAGGCCGAGCAGAAAUCAUUUGGGGGUCUCUUUGCACGCAGAGAGGAUGACUGGAAGACAGAAGCUCCUGUGCUGUCCCAUCAGGCCAUGUGGGAGAACGAGAUUCAAGUCUAUGAGCUGCAAAAAGGCGAUUCUGGCCUGGGAUUCAGUAUACUAGACUACCAGGACCCCAUGAACCCAGGGCAUACUGUGAUAGUGAUCCGCUCUCUUGUAGCAGGCGGUUUGGCAGAGAGAGAUGGCCGCUUGUUGCCAGGCGACCGGUUGAUGUUCGUGAACGGGACUGACUUGAGCCAUGCGAGUCUGGCUCAGGCCGUUCAUGUCCUGAAGAGCACUGCUCUGGGCACUGUACGAAUCGGAGUCACCAAACCCUUACCGGAAAAUGACAUUCAGGACACAGGAGCUGAUAUAACAGGCAACAGCCACUCAGAACAUAACAACCAGCACGGCACUUUGCAGACAAAUUCCCACUCUCAGAACAGCAAGAUGGAGGCUGAUGCUAAGCAUGUCUCCAUCCCCUCAAGUGGCUAUGAGAGAACCAUAACUAUAGUCAGGGGAAACUCCAGUCUGGGAAUGACAGUGAGUGCCUUAAGGGAUGGUUCAGGCAUGAUAAUCCGCUCUGUGGUUCAUGGCGGGUCAAUCAGUAAAGAUGGGAGACUGGCAGUGGGGGAUGGAAUUGUUGCCAUCAAUGGAGAAUCUACCACCAACCUGACCAACGCACAAGCCAGAGCCAUGCUGCGCAGACAUUCACUGAUUGGACCUGAUCUCAGUGUGACAUAUGUACCUGCUGCCUUCCUGGACAUGCACAGAGCCAGCCAUGCCCAAUCAAAAGAGGAAAUGGAAAAACACAGAACAACUACUGUCCAGCCCAAGCACUCACAGAACCUACCUUUUAAACCCUUAGAAUGCAUUUCCGAACAACAAAGUACAGUGGAUGGUAAAGGAGUGAAUGGAAAGACUCAAGAUGAAGAAGAGAAUGAAAGAACAGAUAGCCACAAUCAGAUAAAGCAAAGAGAGAGCAGUGAAAGUCUGGAAAGAGAGCAAAAGGUGAAGAAUGAAAGAGCGGUCUUGCAGAGUGAGAACGGACAAAGACGAGGGAGAGAAAAAGACAGAAAAAAAGAUGAAGAAGAGACACAUGGGAAGGAUCAUAGUUCAUGGAGUCAGCCAAGAAGAGUAACAUUAUUGAGGGCUGGGGGCACGUGUCUUGGCUUCAGUGUGGUCGGGGGUCGUGGAAUGGGCAGUCGACUGAGCAAUGGAGAAAUGAGACGGGGCAUCUUCAUAAAACACAUCGCAGAGGACAGUCCAGCUGCACGCAACAGCACUCUGAAAGAAGGAGACCGAAUUCUUCAGGUUCAAGGUGUAGAUGUGAGUGAUUUUACUCAUGAAGAAACGGUCGAAGCGAUCCGUAGAGCAGGAGACAAAGUAGAACUACUAGUGCAGAGUCCUGAGUUUUCAGCUACUGACAGCUGCUCUGAUGACAAGAUGUCAAGAUCAAAUUCUCAAAAUCAUCAGGAACCCGAGAUCCCCAAUAAUCUCUCCCCAACCUACCCCUUCAGUCCCAUCCCCUUUAAGCGUACAGAAGACUGGAAGUUGGGGAAGCCUCCACAUUUAGCUCCCCCCCUCCUGAAACUGCCCUCCAGGCAAGUCAACACAGAAACAGAUGGAGUACAGAGGGUUCCAGAGAGACCACCCUUGCCAGAAGAGGCUUCACAUCAACACAGCGGGCAGGAGCAGAAGCAGGAGCAGGCCUCUUACUGGAGCCGCAUGCAGCAGAGGUAUGGCAGUCUGCCUGGAGAGCUGCACAUGUUUGAUCUGGACUGUGGCUCACACAGCUCUGGACUGGGACUGUGUUUGUCAGGAAACAGAGAUGGAGCACGUGGUAGAAUGAGUGUGUACGUGUCAGAGAUCAAACCAGACGGGGCCACUGCCGCAGAUGGUCGGGUCAGGGUGGGAGAUGAACUACUGGAGAUAAAUGGACAAGUGCUGUAUGGACGCAGCCACCAGAAUGCAACAGCAAUCAUCAGCAAUGCUCCAGCUAAAGUCAGAAUUCUGCUCACAAGGAAUAAACCUGCACAGAACCAAAUGACUACAGGACCAGUAAAGGAGAUGGACAACUGUCCUGUUUUAUCUCCUGCCAUGCAGGUCAAAGAAGGUCAACAUUUAGCUUUGUCGCAGGAUGGAAGGAUCAGCAGAGAGGAUAAACUGAAGUCUUGCUCCUCAGAGAAUCUCAGCAUCGGUCUUCCUGCUCCAAUCAAUGCCACAUCCAAUCAUAAACCCACAUGUCAUCCUGCCAGUCACAUGUCCCCCAGCUACUGUACUCCUCCAUCAACUGGCAUUUCAUCAGCUGAUGAGAACAUCCACUGCGGCUCCACAGCCAAUCAGAGCUCUUGCACGGGGCCUCACAGCGCUUCUUAUUUUGCCCAGUGUUCUGUGAGCUCUGACCCCCUAACAUGUCCCAUCAUACCUGGCUGUAUGAAUAAUAUUGAUAUCUGCAAGGGCACCACAGGGCUUGGCCUCAGCAUAGUAGGAGGCUGCAACACAGCACUGGGCAUAAUAAUGAUUCAUGAAGUGAAUAAGGAUGGUGCGGCACACAGAGAUGGUCGGUUGUGGGCAGGAGAUCAUAUACUAGAGGUGAACGGCAUUGAUCUGAGAAUGGCCACUCAUGAGGAGGCCUUGAGCGUCCUGCGCUUGAGUCCGCAGCGUGUGCGAUUGUGUAUCUACAGAGACCCUGUGACAGAGAACCACUCCACACACACACUCCAGAACCAUACACCUGAAGACAUGUGGGACCUCUUCAGUGUGGAGCUGAUGCUCAAAACAGGACAGGGACUGGGGCUUCGCAUUGUGGGAAAAAGGAAUGACACUGGAAUCUUUGUGUCUGAGAUAACAAGGGGAGGGGCUGCAGACUUGGAUGGAAGGCUGUUGCUAGGUGACCAGAUUUUGUCUGUGAAUGGAGAGGACAUCCGAGCUGCAUCGCAGGACUAUGCGAGCGCACUGCUGCAGAGGUGUAGUGGGUCUGUGCUGUUGGAGGUGGCACGUUUUAAAGCUUCAUCACACUACUCAUAUGGAGAUCAGGUGGGCGAGGUGGACGUCCCUCUUCUCUCCUCUCUCAGCGCACAUGAUUCUGUGGAUGAAAAUGUGGACAUCAGAACUGUCACCGUUCAGAAGCAUGAAUGUGAGUCUGUGGAGCUGAGAUUGAGAGGCACACAAGGAGAUGGUAUGAUUUAUAUCUCCAACUUGGACCCGACCACACCUGCAGCACGCGCAGGACUUCUGCAGCUGGGUGCCAGGGUCAUCAGCAUUAACGGUACAUCAACUGAACGUCUCUCAGUUACUGAGGCAAGUACUCUCCUGAGAAACAGCAGCGGAGCCGUCACACUGCAGGUGAUGCCAAGUGACUGUGCAGAUGGAGCUAUUCACUCCUCACAUGGACUCUCAGAGAAUUACAAUACCCACAACCACCAGAGUUCUCAGUUCCAGACUAUCAUUCUUGAACGUGGCUCUGCUGGGCUUGGCUUCAGCAUUGUAGGAGGAUUUGGCAGUUCCCAUGGUGACUUGCCCAUCUAUGUCAAGAACAUAUUUCCCAAGGGAGCCGCGGUGGAGGACGGGCGUCUGCGACGCGGUGUUCAGCUGCUGACAGUAAAUGGUCAGAGUCUGGAGGGUGUCACUCAUUCUGAAGCUGUUGAGCUCCUUAGACAAACCAGCGGGACAGUUACUCUACAAGUACUCUCAAAAAGACUACCAUCAUGCUGAUAAUGUCACUGUCCUGUCAAGACGUUUCGCAUAGACCUCAAGCAGCAGAUGUAUUACUGAGUGUUAGACACAGAUGGAGAUUCUACAAGUAUUUAUGAAAAAAAAAAGAUAGAAAAAUCCCAAAAUGUAGUGUUUUCUAAUCUCAAAAAUAUCUUGGAUUAAAUGUGUGUAAAGUGGGAGAAGCCAAUAGAGACUAGUGCUAAACCAGUGGUUCUCAACCAGGGCAUUUGUAGGAUGACUUAAAAUUAUUUAAAUGAUAAUUAUUUACUAGAUGUAAAUUGAAAACACUUAUUUUCCCUCAAUAUAUAUACAUACAGUUUAUACAAUUUAGAGUUGUUUAAUUCAUAUAUAUGUAGUGCCCUCCACUAAUAUUGGCACCCUUGGUAAAUGUGACCAUGGACCAUAAAACCAGUCAUAAAGGGUUUUUUUUUUAACCGAGAUUUGUACAUCUGAAAGCUGAAUAAAUAAACUUCCCAUUGAUUUAUUGUUUGUUAGGAUAGGACAAUAUUUGGCUGAGAUACAACUGUUGGAAAAUCUGAAUAAUAGUGUGCAAAAAAAUCUAAUUAUUGAGGAAAAUUGCCUUUAAAGUUGUCCAGAUGAAGUUCUUAGCAAUGCAUAUUACUAAUCAAAAAUUACGUUUUGAUAUAUUUACACUAGAAAAAUGUACAAAAUAUCUUACUGGUUUCAGAUACUUCAUAUCUUAAUGAUUUUUGGCAUAAAAGAAAAAUCGUUCAUUUUGACUCAUAAAAUGUAUUGUUGGCUAUAGCUGUAAAUAUACUUGAGCUACUUAUGACUGGUUUUGUGGUCCAGGUUGACAAAUAUGAGCAAAGGUGGAUGUGAAAAUAAAUCUGCAAUGUUUGUUUUUGAUCUUUCAUUCAAAAAUUCACAAAUUCUAACCUAUCAUUGAUAUAAAACAAUGGAAAGUGGGGGAAAAAUCUCAUUAUGAAAUAAAUGUUUUUCUCUAGUUCACAUAGCCACAGUUAUUGGCACCCAACUGUUACAACCUCCUUUUACCAAAAUAACAGCUCUGAGUUUUCUCUUAUAAUGCCUGAUAAGUUUGGAGAACACCUGAAAAGAGAUCAGAGUCCAUUCCUUCAUACAGAACCUCUCCAGGUUCCUUCAGAUUCACAGCUCCAUGCACAGCUCCAUUCACAGGCCAUAGCAGAAGCUUCAUUUAACCAUGACCCAUUAUAAGAUUUCUUACAGAGGCAGUAAGGUUGAGAUCUUUUAUCUGUUGGUAUUUGAUAGAAUCCAUGAUGCCUUUAAUCUAAACAAGAUGUUCAGGACCUCCAGCAGGAAAGAAGACCCACAACAUUAAAAAUACAGCAGUAUAUUUAACCAUGGCCUUGGGCUACUUUUUAUCCUUGUUUGGGUGGGUUUGCUGCCAAAAAGCUCUUUUUUUAGUUUCAUCUAAACAAUAGAAGCCAGUUUGAAGUUCCAGUCGUAUCUGACAACUGAAUAUGCUGGAGUUUUUAGAUGAGUAAGGAGGAUUUUUCUUGAAACCCUCCUGAACAACAGCAGGGGCUGUUUGAUAUAUUUUUUAGGCUUUCUGACCCCAAGACUCAACUAAUCUCAGCAAAUCUCCAGCUGUGAUCCUUGCAGGGUCUUUGGCCACUCAAACUCUCCUCACCGUGGAUUAGGACGAUAUAGACACGCGUCCUCAUCCAGGCAGAUUUGCACCAUUAUUAGUUGAUUGACAAUCUUGUUCUGCACACCAGAGCUGUAUUCUUUGUUUUUACUCCUUGUAAUGGGUGAUUAAGGGAAUUUGGCCUUUGUGUUCCUCAUAUUUAUAAUACUGUGGAACAGGAAGUCAUGGCUGGACAAUUUCAUGCUCCUAGUCAAAAACAAAAAUGUAAACAUGAAUGGGAAUAUACUUCAGAGAUAUUUUACUCAUAAGAAUUUCUAGGGGUGCCAAUAAUUAUGACCAACAUGAAUUGGAGAAAAACAUUUAUUUUAUAAUGUGAGUUUCUCCCCAUUUUCAAUUAUUUUACUUCAAUGAAAGGUUAGAAUAUUGUGAAUGUUUUGAAUAAAAGAUCAGAAAAAUAAACAAUGCAGAUUUAUUUUCAUAGCCGCCUUUGCUCGCAUUUACCAAGGUUGCCAAUAUUAGAGUAUAGGUAUUAUCCGCAAUUAAUUUCAAGCUUUAUGGAAACGCUGAGAACCACUGUGCUAAACUGUGAUUCUUUUACACAUACAUAUCAGCUAUCAUAUUUUUUGUACUGUAUUGCUUCACUACACAGAUUUGUACCAUUAAUGUCCACUUUCCAGCCUUCGUCGCGAGUUACAUGAACAUAUAACCGGCAUAGUACUAAGAGCUUACAUUAUGUAUAGUUAUUCAUAAGUGUUUAGUUACAUGUUUAGGCUGUCAUUAAUCAUGCAAAAAAUAUUUUAAGCAAGACUAAUAUAUAGGAAUAUUUUCUGACUGUAGCUCAAUAAUAAACAGUUAUAUCUGUAUGAUGUCUGUAUAUGUUGUCAGAUGCACCACAUGUAAAUCAGUGCUUCACUGUUCUUUAAAAUGACAAUCAACAUUCAUCCACUCAUAGAUUUGUCUUUUUCUACUGUAAAUUUACCUGUA